GUGAAUGAACAAUGUCAACAGUUCAGAAACCAAAAGUGUCAAGACAAGUUUAGUGUUCCUAUUUAAUGAAUUAUUGAAUUUCGUGCUCUUGUAUCCUAACUUAGCUGUGAUAAAUUAAUAUGCAUUUCCUGUAGCAAUAAAUUUCGACGGUGUAUUUCGUUAGAUUAAUAAGUCUUUUAUGAAAACAUGUUUUUAGAAUGUAGCGGGACAAGUUACGGUUUGAUGGUUCUUUUGUUUGAUCAAUAAUUUUAAAUGAGUGUUUACUUCAGCAACCCAAGGAACUAAAAAGAGAAGCAGGAUGGAGCACUGCGAGCUGGUGUCAGAGAUGACCCAGGUGGAGCACAUGACCACCGGGGAGCGGCUGGCAUUGGCCCGGCGCCGGCGCACCACUCAGCUCAAGCUGUGGGCGGCUCGGGAACGAGAGUGGGAGCGAGGGAGACAUCGGCGUGAGCGAACCAACCACAGACGCAUACGCUUCAGUGACAGUGUAAUGCUUCUGGAGGCGGCUAGCAGGAACGACAUUACAGAAGUUGAAAGACUACUGGAAAAAGGAGUCAGUCCCGAUUCAACGAAUGAGGAUGGACUGACUGCUCUGCAUCAGUGCUGCAUAGAUGACAACGAGGAGAUGAUGAAGUUACUGCUGCAGUACGGAGCCAACGUCAACGCAGAAGACAGUGAGAAAUGGACACCUCUCCACGCAGCAGCAACCUGCGGACACCUACAUCUCGUCAGAUAUCUCAUAGCCAGUGGAGCAGACCUGUUAGCUGUCAACGCAGAUGGGAAUAUGGCCUAUGAUAUUUGCGAAGAUGAGGCUGCGCUCGAGCACAUAGAGAGUGAGAUGGCGAGGCGCGGAGUGACUCAACAGCUGAUUGACGAGACUCGAGCGCUCACCGAGACACAGAUGUUGGCAGACCUGACGCAGGCGGCGGCGGCGGGAGCCGAUCUAGAGCUGCAUGAUGAUCACGGUGCAACACCGCUUCACAUAGCUGCUGCCAACGGCUACCUAAGAGUGGUAGAGUUUCUGCUGGACCAACACGUCAGUACAGAUGUCAAAGAUAAUGACGACUGGCAGCCUGUACAUGCAGCAGCUUGUUGGGGACAUUUGGAGGUGGUAGAACUGCUGGUGCACAAUGGAGCAGAUCUCAAUGCCAGGACAAAGCAUGACGAAACACCUGCAGAUAUCUGUGAGGACCCCGAGCUGCGUGAGCGGAUCACAGAACUGCGUACAGAACAGGAGAGCAAGCGGCAACAGGAGGCGCGACGCAGAGUAAAGCGAACUCAGAGCAACAACACCCGAACUCAGUCUGUACGCAGGACCAGCAUACGUGACAAGACACUCACUAGCAAGAAGGACGCUGUUGAGGAGGCAAGACUGAGGCGACAGGCACAAGAGGAUGCAAAAACAAACCCUUUAACACCAAUAGUGCAAACACCAAGUGAGCCAAAGGAUGAUAAAAUUGAUCCUUUGGCAACACCAAUAGUACAAACUCCACCACAAGAGUGUUCAGAUGUCCCUGUUACUGCUGAUAUUGAGCCACAUGAAGAAAUAGAAGAGGUAUUCAAGCAGCCUGUAGACAUGCCAGAUGUGGGGGUGAAGCUCUCGCCAGACCUCACGUUGGAUACAAGGGAAGGGGGUGGAGGGGGAGACUGGUCGGAAGCCAAUGGCGUGUUGUCACUCGCGCGGCGAGAACCAGAGGGCAAGGACAGUGACUCACGACUCAACAGUGAAGACGGCAAAGGCUCCCCUCUCGAACUCCCGACGGAAGCUAGUUACACUACCGAAGGCAACGGGAAAAUCAACAUUCACGUCUCAGUGACAAUAAAUGCAGGCACUCUUGCUGAACUGAAGAAACAACGGGCACAAAACCGUAACUCCAGUCCCGACAUAUCCGUGAUACAGGCUCAGACGUCGGCUAGAUCGUCCGUCACUGGAUCGGAGAUGGAGAAUCCUUCUGUGAAGAGGUUCGCGGGAAACACCGGAGAUAAUGUGAUUGGCGACACUAAGGUAUUCAAUCAAAAUGUAAACCAUCGACACACGUCUUCCUAAGUAACUUUAUUGUUAUUAUUAUUUAAGUGCCAUUUUUUGUAAAUUUGUUUUAAAAAUUAAUAUUUUAUUUUAAUAUAAAUUAUAUAAUUAAAAUCUAUUACAAGAUUGGUCCUAGUAGAGUCAUAUCUUGUCAUAUCACCUUCGUAAACUUUCUUUAUAUAAAUCUAUGAUUUAUUUAUGAACUAUAACAAAAAUGUGCAUUUAUAUCCUUUUUUAGGUGAAUUACUAAGCUCAUAAUUUCCCUCAUUUAAAAUUAACUGUCAUAUAACUCUAGUUUAUAACAAAACCUUUAACAAAUAUUAUUUUUGAUGGAUAAGUUUAUUUUUUAUGAAAUUUAGACUGAUUACUGUAUUUUCUGUAGUUAUUGCAUUGGUAAUAAGUUAAGUUAUGUUGAGUUCAUGUUAAAAGGUGAAGGGUAUUAUUUUUUUGUAUCUGUAGAAAACGGUUUAUUUCAAUGUUCUGAUGUUUUUACAUUUCGUGCCAAAAUGUUAAGUUUCUUCUUGUACUUAACUUCAGGAAUUACUCCACCUUACUCUUUUCUCAUUGUUCAUUUUUUUUAUACUGCAAUGAAAAACAAGUUAAUGGAAUGUGAUUAUGAAGAAUGUGCCUUUGACUUGAGGGUUGUUCGUUUGCAAAAUAGCAGAUUGAAUUUUAAAAUAGUUGUUGAAUUUUAAACCUUUAGAACUUCCAACUGGAUGUUAAUAAUUUCCUAGAUUAUAUUUCUUCCAUUAAAAACCCAAUCAAAAAUCACUUGCUAAGUUGAACGAUUGUUUAAAACACUUUUUACUUAUUUAUUAAUACAAUUUUAGUUACAUGUUUAGUUUGUAAUAGAUUUCCUGAAAAUGUAAAUGAGUCAGAAACAGCUAUCUAUACUUAUAAAAGUCUUAUUAGUUAUAUUAACAAGAAACCCAUUUUUCACUAGUUGAAAUAAUCAUGACAAAAGAAUUCCAAUAUUUUAAUGAGACUUGCAGUUCAAUUUGCACAAAUUAGUUUAAUUUUAAUUUUUUUGUUGAUAUAUCUAAAAUAACAUACUAAACGUCCACAUAGGCCUAAGCUAAACCUGUUAAGGAGAUGUAAUAAAUAUUUUUAUAAUUCUGUACCUACCUAACUUUUAAAGUUAUAAAACAAUUAGUUACGUUUAUAACUUUUAAAACAGAUCACUAUGUUCAUGUUUAGUUUCUGUUUUGAAUACCAUGUGUUCAAUUUAUUGUACUUAAUAAAAGUUAUAUUUGUAAA